GUCUAUAUCCACACAUAAAUGGAGAUACAUAGACCCAUUAGUUUCUCUUAUCUAGCCUUUCUCCUGCUCUUCUUGGCCUCUUCCUUUCUCUACGAAGUCCACGGAAACAACACAACAGAAUCCCAAGCCUACAUCGUCCAUGUACAGAAGCCCAAACACACCAAAUUCCUCACCUUCAGAGACCGAAGAAAUUGGUACAUGUCUUUCUUACCAAACGCAACCUUAGACUCCAGUGAGCCUCGGAUGAUCUACACAUAUAGACACGCGAUCAGUGGCUUCGCAGCAAUCUUUACCCCCAAAGAAUUGCAAUCGCUGAAAUCUAAACAAGGAGUAGUGAGUGCACAUCCUGAAUACGAGUGCAAACUCCGAACCACCUACAGCCCAAAGUUCUUGGGCCUAAGCCGGUGGGAUGGAUUGUGGCCCGACUCAGGUUACGGUGCAGGUCAAAUAAUCGGUAUGAUGGACACUGGAAUUAAGUACAGCCACCCUUCGUUUGACGACAAGCAGAUGUCUCCGCCUCCCCAACCACCCGAAUGGAAAGGAACAUGCUACUGGAGCGAAGGUGGAUGCAACAAGAAGAUCAUCAGUGCUGUCGGUUUCCAUCAAGGACAGAUGGUUUCUCCGUUGGACGACGACGGGCACGGGACCCUCACUGCGAGCAUAGCUGCCGGGAGCUUCGUUGAUGACGCCAAUGUCGUCGGUCAUGCAAAGGGCACGGCUUCCGGGUUAGCGCCCGGCGCUCAUCUCGCAGUCUACAAAGUAAGGCCCGGGACUUCUGCAGAUUUUCUCAAAGGUAUAGACCAAGCUAUCCAUGAUCAGGUACAUGUGCUCUCUAUAUCUUUAGGCCAUGACAGACCUUUUCCACUUGAUCUGGACAAGAUAGCGGUCGGAUCAUUCGCGGCAGUUACAAAGGGGAUCGUCCCUGUUCAGGCAGGGGGAAAUGAUGGGCCUUAUCUGAGAAGCGUUGAGGGAGCUCCAUGGAUUCUAACGGUUGGAAUGAGCGUCAUGGACAGAAGGUUAAGAUCGAUAGUAGAGCUUGGAGAUGGCCGAGAAUUCUACGGGGAAUCGGCUUAUCAACCAGAUACCUUCCCUCCCACUCAGUUUCCUUUGAUUUAUCCAUACGGCAUCCUGCAAACGGAGUAUUCGAAGGAAUGCCAGGGUGAAACUCUAAAAUUGAUCAACGUCACGGGUAAGAUUGUGCUGUGUGGAGCCGGUCGGUCUCGUGCAAGGAAUUCGCUAAUUAGCGACUACGUUAAUAGGGCCGGUGGCGUCGGCGUUAUAGUCAUGAGCCCGGAGCUCAUGGGGAAUCGAACGGACGCUGAUGAUUUUCCCCAUCCAGCUUCUCGUGUUACCUACGACGACGCGAUUGAAAUAAUAAAGUAUCUCUACCAGGCAUCAAAUCCGACUGCAGCGAUAAAGUUCAACGGAACGCAAUUUGGACAUCGCCCCGCACCUGUGGUGUCCUCCUUUUCCAGUCGAGGGCCCAACUUCUUUAUCGGUAACAUAAUAAAGCCAGACGUUAUUGCACCCGGUGCGAACAUUCUCGCAGCUUCGCGAAAUGAAGCCGGGCCGUUCGAGAACCGCACAGGCACGAAUAAGACGUUCAACAUGGAGAGUGGAACUUCAAUGGCCACACCUCACGUUUCAGGGAUCGUGGCUCUCCUCAAGCGCAAUCAUCGACAUUGGUCGCCCGCUGCGGUUAAAUCAGCCAUCAUGACAACAGCGUACUACAAAGACCGAGACGGUAAUCCCAUAAAAGAUCAAUAUGACGGUAAAGAUGCCGGAGCCUUCACGAUGGGAUCGGGUCACGUGGAUCCGGUGGCAGCUAAUGAUCCGGGUCUGAUAUAUGAUAUUGACCCGCACGAUUACAUCCGAUACCUUUGUGGGAAACUUACGGAUUCUGAUCAGGUAACAACAAUUGCUCGUGGUCCAGUAAAUUGUUCUCAAGUUCAAGCUAUUGAGCCUGAGCAACUGAACUAUCCUUCAAUUUUGGUGUAUCUCGGGGCUAAAUCGGUAUCAAAGACUGUGACACGAACGGUGACUAAUGUUGGUGAUGCUUACUCGGUUUACACGGUGAAGGUUGAUAAUCCAGAGGGAGUGGAUGUGGAUGUUGACCCUAUUACCCUUACAUUCACUAAUGAAGGUGAAAAGCAAGAUUUUACUGUGACAUUGAGUAUUCAAGGAGUUCAAUCCAAAUAUGACGAAGUUUCAGAAGGGCAACUGGUAUGGGAUUCUGGCAAGUAUUUUGUGAGGAGUCCCAUCGUAGUUAUAUUCACCUAAGAUCCCAAGGAGCCGUAAAGUUGUUGAAAAAAAAAAUAGGUAAAUAAACGCAUGGAAUUUGGUGUGCACGUAAUAUUCUUGAAACGAGUAUUGCAAGCAUCAUAUCAGAAGAAGUAUGUCAUAAAAAAA